AUGGUGUUAAAUUGUGAUGUUAUACAAAGUUUUAGUGUUUCUAAUUAUGACCCCUUUGAUUUUAUCGUUGAGAGUGAUGAAUCAGAUGUGAAGUGUGAAUUUGUUGCUAAAGAAGUGAAUUACAAUGGUAUUUUAAAACGCAUGAGUAUCAGUAGAUAUGUUGGAAAUGCCGACUUGUCCUUCUUCGAAAUUAAAUCAUUUGAUUUGAGGCAACCAGAAUUUAGUAAUAACACAAAGGUAUCACUAACACUUGGAAAUGUAGAGGAAGCAAUUUUUUUAAAUAUGAAUUUCGAGAAACUUGAAUUGGGAAUUGUUGUGAAUUUGGAAAUGUACAGCACAUGUGUUACAUCUUUGGUCGCAAAGCAUUUAUACACAUUUGGAUAUCAAGAUUCGACCUUUGAAAACAUAAAGGCACACACAAUUGGUAAAAUUAUUGGUCUUAGAAACUCAAUCAAAAAUUUGGAGGUUGAAAAGAAAGUUGAAAAAUUCGUUCUUAAAAUACUCGGACGUUUUGAUCAUUUUUAA